AAAAUUUUAAUUUUCCACCUUAUAAUCUUCUCCAAAAUUUCUCCUCUUAGCCCCAAUUUAUUUUGUUAUUUUUAUUUUGAAAAGGGAACAGUUCGGGUUGAAUAAAUACCCGAAUACAACAGUAUUCACAGGCGGGGCGGGUGGGGUAUAGUGAAUCACAAGAGGCCACGCCUAAAUUCACCUUCAACUUUGCUGUUAAACCCUAAUCGUAAAUCAAAUUUCAACUUCCCAUUGAUCCUCAAAUAGCUUCAUUUUAGAGAAACAAAAAUGGCGAAUUUACGAAGGGCACUUGUCUUCACAAUUCCUAGAAUCCUCAAUUCCUCCAACAGGACAUCUGUUACAACCUCCACACUCCAUUCUCACAAUCUCUACAGGCCUUUUGCUGGAACAUUUUCGCGUUUUCUUUCUUCAAAUGAGGCUUCCUCGCUGAAUAAUAUUGAUCUUUCCGAUGAAGAGAGCAAACGACGUUUAUUUAACAGACUUAUUUAUCGUAGUAAACAAAGAGGGUACCUGGAGCUAGACCUUGUUCUUGGAAAAUGGGUGGAGGAACACAUACAAUCCAUGGACGAAAAUGGAAUUAAGUCCCUUGUUCAUGUCCUUGACCUGGAGAAUCCGGAUUUGUGGAAGUGGCUGACUGGUCAGGAGCAACCCCCAGAUGCAAUAAAUACAAAUCCUGUGUUUUCUGCUGUGCAUGAAAAGGUUAUGAACAACCUUGACAAACAUGCUUCUCCAGAGACUCGUGCUGUUCCAGGAAAACCUUGGGUGAGAGGGUGGGAUGACAUCAAGAAAGGCCGAGAUGCGCCUAUAGCUGGGAAUCAGUAGUUCUUUUUCUGUCUUGUAUAGGAACUCAUUAUUACUAUGUAUGUGUAAUAAAUAAUUAGAUAUCAGGUCUGUUUGAAUAAAGCUUCAAUAAUGUGAUGAUAGAUGAUGAGUAUUACCCUGGCCUGCACCCAUGUUGUGAUUGCUAUUAUAAAACCUUCGAUGAUGAAGCAUUUCUUUGGUUUACGUUUAA